ACACACACACAAUGAUGAGCUGGUCAGAUGUGCGCGCUCGUGCAGCUGUUGUGUUGGAUGAAGAAGGAGGCGUUCACUGACCAUCCAGUGUGUCGCAUUCUCUCUGAAUAUUGAAAGCUUUGUUUUUGCUACAAUUUCCCAUGUUUAUAGGCUAAAUUUAGGAGGGGGGAGGGGGGGGGGGGACUUGAUCCCUGCCCCACGCGGCGCUUGCGUGCCCUUACAGGUUUCUUAUUAUAAGGGACACUGCUGUUAUAUUGAGGGCAUCUAAUAACGAGAGAGAGAAAGAGACGGGGGGAGUCGUUAUUAGGCUACUUAUUAACAUGUGUCAGUGCAUGGACUUCAACUCGGGCGGAUUAUCUGCCGGAUGGUACUGACUAAUGUGUGAAAGUAUUAGAGGGAAGCUGAUAAAUUAGUGCUGCGUGACGCAGAACAUAUUCGACAAAGCGCUCUAUCUUUUUCUCUUUCUGAUGUCAAGGUCCCUCUGAUAGAGGGAAGAUUUCAGUCAGAUACGAUUUAGAAAAUGAUUACGCAACAUGUUUAUGGUGAAUGGAGACAACAUGAAGUCCAAGCAGACAUUAUUUAAGCAUCUGAAAGAAGGAUUCAGUCCAGGAUCCUCCCCCCCCCCUUCCCUCCCAUCUGUUAAGAAUAAAUUAAAGGCAUAUUUAUGAAAAAAAAGUCAAGUUAUGAUGGACACUUCUAUAUCAUGUUCUGAGUCCUAGAAGCGAGAUCUGGCCCACAAAACGCUUUCAUGGGUCAGAUUAGUUUUUUUGACGCCUCCUCUGCUCCCUCCCUCCUCUCUCUCUCUCUUUGUCUCUCCUCCCUUCUCUCCUCCCUCUAUCAGUCAGUGCGCCCGUUGGCACAGGAACGAUUGAAAGUGACACACUGAUUAGAAACCGGUCCUUUUGCACCGAUACAUGCCGCUAUUGCUGUAACUCACACUCCGGUGUUUUUGCUUUUCGGUCAGGUCCGUGUGUUGUGUUUUGUCUCCCGGCUUUUUUUUUUUCGUUUUCCCGGCUGCGUCGCGUUAUUUUUGCGCAAAAGCUUCUUUUCUCUCUCCGAGGAUGAAGCCAUGAGUUCAGAGGAAGGCAGACUUGUGGCACAGAGACGCGUUUUAAACUAAAAGGCGGACAAACGCGUAAAAAAAGGAAGGACGGCGGGGGGGGGGGGAAAUAAUUUCAUCUACAACAUCAAGUUUGUGAGUCGGACAGAAAGCUCUACGGCUUCAGGACAGACCACUACGGGUGCUCACAAAGUCUCUCUCUACGCCUCUACUUCCCCACAGAGAGCAUCCAUCCGUCCACCUCUCAGCUCUCUCUGCUGCUUUACGCGCUACCGUCGCCCCCUCUCUCUCUCUCUCUGUCUCUCUCUCUCCCUCCCAGUAACUAUAACUUUUUUUUUCUCCUCUGUGGAUCUCCGGUCCGGUCUCCCCGACGAGCUCCCCGGGCCUUUUUUUUUUUCACCAGCGUGAUCUGCCGUUUAUCCAGGAGCAGAACCACAGCUCAGCCCUGGAUUCAAUACUCCUGAUCAAUGGACAGAGCCUCCUCAACGGCCAGCAGCGCUACAGACACACAGCCGUAAACAACUCGUUCUCUCUGGCUGGAGCUCCUCUGGGGAUCUGGAGGAGGAUGGAGCGAGGAGGGGAGAGUCCCAUGACCCAGGACAGUCCUGAGCGGAGGGGGGGCAGCCCGGACCUCAGCGGCCUCCCACCGCCGGGGAAGAAGGGCCGGUUGGAGCUCAAUGGGAGCCCCACUGGGCCACGCAUACGUCACAACGGAGCCCCACUGAGACCCCUAGGAGGUCUGAUGAUUCCAGUCUUCUGUGUGGUGGAGCAGUCAGACGGAGGGAUUCAGACAGACGGAUGUGAGGGAAGAGAGGAGCAUGCAGAGUUUGUGCUGGUCAGGAAGGAUAUUCUCUUCUCUCAGCUGGUGGAGACGGCUCUGCUGGCCCUUGGGUACUCCCACAGCUCGGCGGCACAAGCCCACGGCAUCAUCAAGGUGGGAAGGUGGAACCCUCUGCCUGUCCACUUCCUGACUGACGCACCAGAAGCUACAGUAGCCGACAUGUUGAUGGAGGUCUACCACAUGGUCACUCUACGCAUCCAGCUGCAAAGCUUUUCAAAGCUGGAGGAUCUGCCGUGUGAACAGUGGAACCACGCGACUGUCAGGAACGCUCUCAAAGAGCUGCUGAAGGAAAUGAACCAAAGCACUCUGGCCAAAGAGUGUCCCCUGUCACAGAGUAUGAUUUCCUCUAUAGUGAACAGUUCGUACUACGCCAACGUCUCCACUGCCAAAUGCCAGGAGUUUGGUCGUUGGUACAAGAAGUAUAAGAAAAUGAAAGUAGAUUACCUGGAGAAGAUGUGGUCUGGACGGGAUGCUGCUGACAUCAAAAUAGAGAGAGACAACAUGGCCGACUUCUGUGUGCUGGGCCAGAGACCUCCCCCCCACCUGGCCGGCCUGGCCCAGCUCAGUCACCUGGGAGCCGGCGGCCCCCUCCUUAAGGCGGGGUCUGGAGACAUGCAGGCGCCCUCUCAGCCGCCUCAGCAGCCUCCCCAGCAGCAGCCGUCGCCCCACGGCCCCCUCCACCACAGCCCUCCUCUCCGUACGGGCCAGGUGCCUCCUCCUCCGCCCCCGCCGCCCCCGCCCGGCACCAUGCAGCCCCUGCUGGGGCCAGGUGGGCUGCUCUCCCCUCAACUCUCCCCGCAGCUGGUGCGUCAACAGCUCGCCAUGGCCCACCUCAUCAACCAGCAGCUAGCCGUUAGCCGCCUGCUGGCCCAUCAGCACCCGCAGGCCAUCAACCAGCAGUUCCUCAACCACCCGCCCAUCCCUCGGGGUUCAUCCAAAGGCGGCGGCGGCGACCAUCCCGGGAGCAACCCCUCGGCCGCCGAGGUCUCCUGUGAAAUCUACCAGCAGGUCAGAGACGAGCUGAAGAGAGCUAGUGUCUCCCAGGCCGUGUUCGCCCGUGUGGCUUUCAACCGCACACAGGGCUUGCUGUCAGAGAUCUUGCGGAAGGAGGAGGACCCUCGCACAGCCUCGCAGUCUCUGCUGGUCAAUCUGAAAGCAAUGCAGAACUUCCUCAACCUGGCCGAGAGCGAGAGAGACCGCAUCUACCAGGAGGAGAGAGAGCGCACCAUGAACCCUUCGGUCGGCCUCCCGGCCUCCAACUCCUCCAACCCCGGCCCUCCACGCCUCUCACAGAAAGUGUGGGAGAGGGGCAUGGAUGACCAGAUAACCCCUGAUACCUGGGCCUCCAUCUGGAAGAACAAGACUAAGAUCUCCAACUCGCCGAAGCCGUCCGGCCCGCCCCCCGACCUCCCACUGAAGCUGGAGUCACUGGUCAACAUCACGUCAGGCAUCUACGACGAAAUUCAGCAGGAGAUGAAGAGGGCAAAGGUGUCCCAGGCUCUGUUCGCUAAGGUGGCCGCCAACAAGAGCCAGGGCUGGCUGUGUGAGCUGCUCCGGUGGAAGGAGAACCCGAGCCCGGAGAACCGCACGCUGUGGGAGAACCUGUGCACCAUCCGGAGGUUCCUGGCGCUGCCGCAGGCCGACAGAGAUCUGGCGUACGAGGAGGAGUCCAGACACCAUCACUCGGAGAGGCUGCACACCGUCCUCCACCUGCCGCAGGACACACAGCUCUUUUGUCUUUCUCGUCAGGCGCUUCACAGGCCACCCCCGGCCCCGAUGAAGGACCACCGCGUGUCUCCGAUGCGUGAAGAGCAGUUAUCUGCCCCGGUGAACGAGGAGGGCUUACAGAAUGUGGGAGCAGGAGCUGCUGGCGGCUGUCCACCUGGCGCCGUUGGCAGUGCUGGGAGCAACAAGAAGCCACGAUCACGCACUAAGAUUUCCCUGGAGGCCUUGGGUAUCCUGCAGAGCUUCAUCCAGGAUGUUGGCCUGUACCCGGACCAGGAGGCCAUCCACACCUUGUCUGCGCAGCUUGACCUGCCCAAACACACCAUCAUCAAGUUCUUCCAGAACCAGCGCUACCACGUCAAGCACCACGGCCGCCUCAAGGAGCUGGGCGAGGGCGCUGCGGCCAGCGGAGGUGUGGACGUCAGCGAAUACAGAGAAGAGGAGCUGCUUUCGGGCUCAGAGGACCCGGAGUCCAGCGAGGACGGAGCAGAGGAGAUCUACCAGUCCACAGAGGGGAACUGUGGGAGCGCUGGAGGGCUGAACCAGCCGCCGCCGGCCUCCUCCGGCUCCAAAUCUAACUCCAGCUCCAGCCAGUCGUCCUCAGGGACCAAAAAUGCUCAGGAGGAAGGAAUGGACAAGGGGCACGGCCGGCCUGGUGGCCCCCUGGGCCCCGGGAGCUCCUCGUCCAGUCCCAGAGAGCCGGCCGACUACCAGAGGUAGAGACUGACACACAGAGAGGAGAGGACAGAGAGAGAGGGAGAGGGAGAGAAAGCAAGAUGAAGAAAAAGCUGUGGAACUGGUCAUGAAUUAAAGGAGGGGGAACGUCAAGAAACCAUCAGGCUGAAAUAAUGUCUACAUCGCCCAAACAACCAGACGGACUUGAUCUCAGACAGACAUCUGUGAACACCUGAUGUGGGGAGUAAAAUUUACCUUAGCGAAAAGACAGCAGCUUUGCAGAGCGCUGUGACACAGCAGCGUUUGUGUAACUGUGAAAGAAAGUUUCCCCAAUCCACAUUUAAUUAACUCUCAUAAACAGGUAAUCCAUUGCUGCUCAAAAUCUCCAAGUGUCGACACUUUCUCUUAAUCUAAUCGCCAGAAAGGCCACUCCGGAGAGGCGGGAUUUCAUCGGCUUCGGCCAGAAAUUGUUCCUGUUCCUCCUCUUUAAAGUCUGAGCACAGUCACAUAGAGCUGCCUACACAUGAUAUAAGCGAUUUGCUCUCUGCGCACCGCUAGAAGCUAUUUCCCGUUGCUAAGUAACGACAUGCUGUUAUCUCAUCGGUUGCGCUUUCGAAAAGGUCAGCGGCAAAUAGGUCAAAGUUGAAAUAAUUUGGACUUUUGAGCGCAGCGCAAAGCGGCAAAUCCGAGCGGUGCAUGACGGCGGGGGUAGCGCAGCGCGUAGUUGGGUGCCACCGCCCUCCCCAUAGGAAAUCAAUGGAACAGCCGGCGCAACGCGGUUUUGCCGCCUAUCGUGUGUAGGCGGCUUAAGACAUACUUCCUACAUGCCGGGGGCUUUUCCGUGACCUCUACAAUCCCUCUAAAUCCUCAGGACUCACACGGAUGUAGCUAAUGCUGUCGCCUGCCUGAGAAACGUGGACGGACGCCACUUGCUGUUCAUCCUCCAAGCGUCAUCUCAUCGUGAAAAAAAAGAAAAAGAAGGAAAUGACCCCCCCCACAACCUGCCCUUGCCUCAUUGGGAUUGGGCAUCGAGGAACGGUACCUUUUCAAAAAAGAAAUUACAAUUCCAAUGGAAUCGUUUGGAAAAAUUUGGAUUCGAAUUUGCUCAUCGGUUCCAAAUUUAACACGUGCAAGGUUUGGUUUCCAUUGCGGCCACCGUCCUUCUAAGCGCCCGUUGUGUUGUAGCUUAUGGAGCACAAUAAGUGGCGCUCGUUUGACGUUAAAAAAAAAAAUCCCGGGAAAAAACUGUAAAUCGCCAUUGAAUCAAAAUAAGAUUUUCGUCUGUGAAAUAAAGCAGGUGACCCAGUCAGAAUUGUUAAAAUCAAAAACGAUGCCCAAACCUAACGUCACACUCCAGAAUCACCACCAGUCCGAUCUAGCACUUACUGUUCACGGAGACACUGAUAUUUUGUGGAUUUGAUGUACUCUUGCCUCCCUCCCUCCGUCUCUCCUCUCGAGGCUCACAAAACAGUGUGAGGUUGAAAUAUGACCGUGAAAUGACAGUUUGGCAGGAGGAAAGUGGACCGACAUCGAGAGGAUGUGGCGUGGACGGACACUGUACUGUAUACCCACCACUCUGAACCCUUCCUGGCACCACCCCGCGUAUGUGUGGCGAGAAAAAAUGUCAGGAAAGGAAGGACACGGAGCGGAGAUUCAGCAACCAAACAAUCAGUCACUUUAUGUGCGGUAGUCCACUCGUCCUCUCCUCUCUCCAUCUCCCUCUCUCCCCCCUUUUCCUCGCUCUAAUUGGUGCCCACAGUCUUGUGUUUCACCACACCUACCCGCACUUAAACUUCACCAACCCUAUUUAUUGCUAUCUUUAUCCAUGAUUAUUAUUAUCAUUAUUGUUAUUAUUGUUGUUAUUAUGGUUAGAAUUGCUGUCAUCGCGUGUUAUUUUUAGUUUUUAUUUCCAUGGUUUUAAAUAUUGGUUUUUAGAAACUGGGCGGUGGUUUGGGAAACAAGAGACAUUAAGAGUGCUCUGCCCUAAAAAAAAUAAAA